CUAAUGUUUUUGUGGGAGCCCUUCUCCAUCUCUGCUUCGUUGUCACUCCCCAAACUGUAUCCGCUCUGUUCCAUCCGCUGUUCCUUUAGUUGGUCUAAACCCUAGAGCACGCACUAUCUUUCUUCAUCAAUUUGGAGCUAGGGUUUAGAUUAGCGAUCAUUUUUAAGCAUUAUUGUUUCCUUGUAAUUGUCUGAGUUCAUUUUGAUUCAGUGGGAUUUUGAUCAUUGAGAUUAUGGACCUUCCGAGUCUGGUUGUCAUACUUCAAGCUGCUCUUAGCCCGAAUCCUAAUGAACGUAAAGCAGCCGAGCAGAGCCUUGAUCAGUUUCAGUAUGCCCCUCAGCAUCUCGUGAGGCUGUUGCAAAUCAUUGUUGACAACAACUGUGACAUGGGAGUGCGGCAAGUUGCUAGUAUUCAUUUCAAGAACUUUAUUGCAAAAUAUUGGUCUCCGCUUGAUUCUGAUGCGCAGCAGAAGAUCUCACAGAGUGAUAAAGUAGUGGUGAAGGACCACAUUCUUAUGUUCGUGGCUCAAGUUCCUCCCUUGUUAAGGGUGCAACUUGGUGAGUGCCUGAAGACAAUUAUACAUUCAGAUUAUCCUGAGCAGUGGCCAGGGCUUCUUGACUGGGUGAAACAUAACUUACAGGAUCAACAAGUCUAUGGUGCCUUAUUUGUUCUCCGGAUUCUUUCUAGAAAAUAUGAGUUCAAGUCAGAUGAGGAGAGGACACCUGUUCAUCGGAUAGUUGAGGAGACCUUUCCUCAACUUCUCAAUAUAUUUAACAGGCUUGUCCAGAUUGUCAACCCAUCACUGGAAGUAUCAGAUUUAAUCAAGCUCAUCAGUAAAAUAUUUUGGUCCUCCAUUUACUUGGAGAUUCCAAGGCAGUUGUUUGAUCAAAAUGUCUUUAACGCUUGGAUGAUGCUGUUCUUAAAUGUAUUGGAGAGUCCUGUCCCAUCAGAAGGUCAACCUGUUGAUCCUGAGCUUAGAAAAUCAUGGGGUUGGUGGAAGGUGAAGAAAUGGACAGUUCACAUACUAAAUAGGCUGUACACUCGUUUUGGAGACUUGAAGCUACAAAACCCAGAAAACAGAGCCUUUGCUCAAAUGUUUCAGAAGCAUUACGCAGGGAAGAUUUUGGAGUGCCACUUAAAUCUGUUGAAUGUCAUUCGUCUGGGUGGCUAUUUGCCUGACAGAGUGAUCAACCUUAUUCUUCAAUAUCUAAGCAACAGCAUUUCCAAGAAUAGUAUCUAUACUCUGCUGCAACCUCGGCUGGAUAUUCUUCUAUUUGAGAUAGUCUUUCCUCUUAUGUGUUUCAACGAUAAUGAUCAAAAGCUUUGGGAGGAAGAUCCCCAUGAAUAUGUAAGGAAGGGAUAUGACAUUAUUGAGGACUUGUACAGUCCUAGAACUGCUUCAAUGGACUUUGUGAGUGAAUUGGUUCGAAAACGUGGAAAAGAAAAUCUUCACAAGUUUAUUCAGUUCAUAGUUGAAAUUUUCAAAAGGUAUGAUGCAGCUCCUGCAGAAUACAAGCCCUACAGACAGAAAGAUGGUGCUCUUCUUGCUAUAGGGACACUUUGUGAUAAAUUAAAGCAAACUGAGCCAUACAAAUCUGAACUUGAGCGGAUGUUAGUGCAACAUGUCUUUCCUGAGUUCAGCAGUCCAGUUGGCAACCUAAGGGCUAAGGCGGCAUGGGUUGCUGGACAGUAUGCCCAUAUCAACUUCUCAGAUCAGAACAACUUCCGGAAGGCAUUGCAUUGUGUCGUUUCUGGAAUGCGAGAUCCAGAACUUCCUGUGCGUGUUGAUUCUGUCUUUGCUUUGCGCUCUUUUGUUGAAGCUUGUGAAGAAUUGGAUGAAAUUCGUCCUAUUCUCCCGCAACUCCUUGAUGAACUUUUCAAACUUAUGAAUGAGGUUGAGAAUGAGGACCUUGUGUUUACUUUGGAGACAAUUGUGGACAAGUUUGGGGAAGAGAUGGCACCUUAUGCACUUGGGCUUUGCCAAAAUUUGGCAGCUGCAUUUUGGAGGUGUAUGAACACUGAUGAAGCUGAUGAAGCUGAUGAUCCAGGUGCUCUGGCUGCAGUUGGCUGUUUGCGUGCUAUUAGUACAAUACUUGAAUCAGUGAGCAGGCUUCCUCACCUUUUUGUUGAAGUUGAACCAACAUUGCUUCCCAUAAUGCGUAGAAUGUUGACAUCUGAUGGUCAAGAGGUUUUUGAAGAAGUUUUGGAAAUUGUAUCAUAUAUGACCUUUUUCUCUCCGACGAUAUCAUUGGACAUGUGGAAUCUUUGGCCAUUGAUGAUGGAAGCGCUGGCAGAUUGGGCAAUUGAUUUCUUUCCAAAUAUCCUGGUGCCUUUGGACAACUAUAUUUCUAGGGGGACUGCCCAUUUCCUUACUUGCAAAGAACCUGAUUAUCAACAAAGUCUAUGGAACGCAAUUUCAUCUAUUAUGGCAGAUAAAAAUUUGGAGGACAGUGAUAUUGAGCCAGCUCCAAAGCUUAUUGAAGUUUUAUUUCAGAAUUGUAGAGGGCAGGUGGAUCACUGGGUUGAGCCAUAUCUCAGAAUAACAGUUGAACGAUUGCGCAGAACUGAAAAAUCAUAUUUGAAAUGUCUUCUUAUGCAAGUGAUUGCAGAUGCUCUUUACUACAAUUCAGCAUUGACUCUUGGCAUAUUGCAAAAGUUAGGCGUUGCAUUAGACAUCUUCAAUCUAUGGUUCCAUAUGCUGCAGCAAGUCAAGAAGAGUGGCGUACGUGCUAAUUUUAAAAGGGAACAUGACAAGAAAGUUUGCUGCCUUGGUUUGACAUCAUUACUGGCACUUCCUGCUGAUCAAUUGCCAGAAGAUGCUUUAGGUCGGGUUUUCCGAGCUGUGCUCGAUCUUCUUGUUGCAUACAAAGAUCAAGUUGCAGAAGCUGCAAAGGAGGAUGAAGCUGAAGAUGAUGAUGAUAUGGAUGGUUUUCAAACUGAUGAUGUAGAUGAGGAUGAAAAUGACUCUGACAAGGAAAUGGGAGUUGAUGCGGGGGAUGGGGAUGAAGCUGACAGCAAUAAAUUUAGAAAGUUGGCCGAAAAGGUGAGGGCAUUCCAGCCUGAUGAUGAGGACAAUGAUGACUCAGAUGAUGACUGGACAGAUGAUGAAGAAUUGCAGUCCCCAAUUGAUGAGGUGGAUCCUUUUGUGUUUUUUGUGGAUACAAUCAAAGUGAUGCAAUCAUCAGCCCCGUUACGGUUCCAGAACCUCACCCAGGCUCUUGACUUCCAUUUUCAAGCACUUGCUCAUGGUGUUGCCCAGCAUGCUGAACUGAGGAGAGCAGAGAUUGAAAAGGAAAAAUUAGAAAAGGCAUCAGCUGCUACAGCCUCUUAAGCUCUUGGACGUACAUUCUCUGCAACUCGUUUGCUUCUCAAGUUUUUGGCUUUAUGUAUUCAUUCUUCAAUGGUGUCUGUUUCAUAAAGCCUGAGGCAUUGGUACUAGCAGAGCUCUACGUGCCUUGAGAAAGUCUGCUUGCUGUUUCAAAGUUCUCAGAGGUGUGGUCCCUGAAGUUCCCACUGAAAUCAGACGACCUUGAAUUUUGGGAACUGCAGGAUUAGCGCUUUCUCCCAAGUCUUAGGUUCCAUUUAGUCCUCGGUGAAAGAGCAUAUACCUGCAAAUCUGUGUUGUCUUCUUGUUCCUACCACAUUGGGGGUAUAGCUUUUAGCCUUUUGCAUGUCUCCAAAUUUUGGGUUUAUUAUACAUCUAUAAACCCUAGUCGGUUCUUGGAUGAAUGCAGAAGGGUUUAAAGCCCCCGUAAUAUUUAUGGCCUGUCGCAUAGAUGGGCCAUGGGGGGUUGCCAAUGCACGUAUUGGUAAAGUUUUGGUGUGGGUUUAGUAUCAGAGGUUCUUUUAAAACAUUUUUGGUAUUUUUUUUUUUCUUUGGAUGAGAGCAGAGUCUAGGAGAAUUUAGGGGAUUGAAUGGGUUUUGGGUUUUGGAGAGCCUACCUUGUGGUGGCUUUAUUUCGAGUUGUAAAAUUUUGUUCUCAUUCUUUAUAUUGAUUUAUUUAGGAUGAAAUCAUGAAAUCCUCUUCCCUGUUUGUAGUGAAUGUUAUUGUGUAUUAUUGUUUGCAUUGCAAGAUCAUGUUUUGGUGGAAGUUCCAAACGCUAAA